CACUUGAAUUGGCCAAUCGCUGGCGCCGUUGCAGAAUUUGUCUGGCUGGGCUGAAAGAGGCGGAGCUUGUAAAACAAUGCUUGUUUCAUUGCCUAACAGUUUACCGAGAUCUACAGAGAGGGACUUGCAAGGGUCUUUUUUAUACUCAGUGCUGGGCUACAUGUUAUCUGCGGAUGGUCUGUAAAUGGAGUAUCCAAUUUUUUUCUUGCAGACUUGUGGAUUUAACAUAAGCAUUAGUUUUUUUUUUAAAAAGUGUGGCUCGCCUCUUCAAGGAAGAACUCGGUGUUUUACGACAGUAAAACGCUCUCGUUUUGUAAAACAAAACCCUUGGAUUAACCAUUACAGUUAUAAAUGCUUCAUAGUAUCUUAAAAAGGCGGGCAACUGUUUACAAAAUGGAACGUGACUCUGAGAAUAGUUUGCAAAUUGCAAAAUAUAUCAUCGAUAUUCUGUGAGGAUCAGGCCUUUUCAAGAUGGGACGUCUCUUUUGAAGAAGUUUUUUUUCGUAUAUUCUUAGGGCAGCAAAAUGCCGGAUACAGAGAGUGAUGUACCGGGAUAUGUCGGGACUGUUUAACGGUGGAUUUUUUUCUCUUUUUUGGGGAAAUUCUGAUCGGAAUAUUUCUUUUAUCACGUUAGCCUGGUCUGUAUAAUGGAUGGCCGAGAUUUCGGACCCCCCAGAUCAGUUCACGAACCCCCUCCUUUGCUUUCGGGGCUGGCUAUGGAGUCGCACCGGCUCGGUGCGGCCGCUGGAGCCGGCAGAAUACCUCCGUCCUCCGGCCACUUAGGCGCGGGGCACCCGGCGAAUCUAUAUACUGGAAAAUAUUUGCCAACUGCCAUUAACCUCCACUCUCAUCACGGUGAUGCCUUUCCAGGUGGCUCCACAUCUUUCCUCGGUGGCUAUGUAAGCUCCACCCACCCACAUGGGGCCCCCACCCCCUUGGCGUCAGAGUCCUCCUUCAGGGCUCCCAACCCCACUGGUCUACCAAUGACGCAGCUCUGGCCUUCCCACCCCCACGAAGGCUUCCCCCCCCUGCCCAGUGGCCUCUACCCCAGUCCCUACCUCCCCAUGGCCCCCCUGGAGGCCCCUGGCGGCGUCAGCGCCCUCCACGCCCAACUGGGACAGCACAUGCUCUUUGAAUCGCAGAAAGACGGCUUCUACCUGCCUGGGCACGGCACGCCGAGCACCCUGCACUCCCAGCCCUCCCUGUCCCGCACCCCUGUGGCACCCCUGUCCACAUCUCUGUCCCGGGAGAAGGACGUCCUCUUCUCAGGCAAAGGCUCCAAGGACACAGGCAGGGAGAAGUCGCACAAGGGUGAGACAGGUGGCGCUCUGCCACGCCGGGACAGGGAGAAGCCACGGGAUGAGGGCCGGCCGCUCAGCGUGGUGGACCUGACCCAGGACCGGCCCGAGGAGGAGCGCCGGCCCCCUCACUCCUCGCCGCUCUUCCCCGACCCUGCCACUGAGCCCAAGGCCAGGAUCCCCGCUCCACCCCCACCUUUGGUCGCCUGCAGGACUAUUGCCCCCCCCUCCAAGUACCUGGGACCUGAGCCUGAGCGGUGUUCCAGGACAGCAGGUCCCGACGAGGAUGACAAGCUGUGGAAAUGCGAACUGGCAACACGUGUGCCCUGUGUCUGCCCCUCCCCCCAUGGCACCCCUGCCCCGCCCCCUCCCCGGCUGCCCCCACCCAGCCUUUACCCCCUUCAUGGCACUGCCAAAGAGCACAGAAUCAUCGCCCCCACGUUCGUGCCUUCUGUCGAGGUUUACGAUGAGAGGAGUGGCCCCAUUCAGAUCGCCUCCCAGGCCCGGGACCGGCCCGGGGAGCGGGAGUGCAGCCGGUACGAGCCAGGGCGGCACCCCCAUGCGCCCGAGCCGGUGCGCGAGGAGGGUUCCGUCAUCAGGGCCAACACUGCCGCCUUGAAGAGAUUGGCAGCGACGGAGGCGUACCCGAAGAAAGCAGGCCCCAGCCCAGAAGGCAGUUCCAAGGAGGCAAGUAGAAUGGGGCCAGAGUCGGAGCCCUGGAACCCAGAGCGGGAGCGGCCACAGAGGGCACCGACGAGGGAGGCCAGUAAGGUUGCCCAUGGCGCGGAGCCACCCCAGCCCUUCGCCUCACCGGACCUCAAGUGGAAGCCCUUCGAGAUGGGCAAUUUCGCCUCAAGCCAGAUGGCAGCGCUGAUCGCCCAGCAUGGGCACUCGGGACGGCCAGAGGAGGAUGGGAAGAAGGCCUACCUGGACCCUCCUGUGGCAUCUCGGCCGGCCGGGUCCGGCUCUGAGGGCGAGGUGUCCGCCAUGCAAAGCCUGAUCAAGUACAGCGGCAGCUUCUCGCGGGACCCGACCCGCCCGGCCUCCGACUCCAAGAACCCCUUUGGGGGCCUAGGCUGCGUGAAGGUGGAGGCAGGGGCCCCGGGCUCCUCCAGGGUGCAGCACCUGCCACCCCAGCAGCCCACCAAGCAGCUGCGCCGGGACCCUGAGCGCCCCGACAGCGCCAAGUCCUUUGGCCGCGAGAGCAUCGGCCCCCAGGGUGAGGUGGAAGUGCGGCACCCCCCCGUGGGCAUCGCUGUGGCAGUGGCCCGGCAGAGGGAUAACAGCGGCAAGCUCGGCAGCAUCAAAGCCUCGGGCCGCGUGGAGGAUGACAGGGCUGAUGAGCGUUCCCGUCACCGUGACGACCGUCUGCUGGCCGGCCGCCUGGAGAGAGAGCAGGAGAAGUUGCUACGGGAGAGUAAGGAGCUUGCAGAAUACACGCAGAUGCCCCCCCCAGUGGCCUCCGCCAGCUCCCUGAACCCCAACCUCAUGGUGACGGGUGGCCCAGCCCUUGUCGGUGCCAGCCGCUGGCCUGCGGACCCCUCCUCCCACUUGGCUUCUCACCCCUGGGUGCCCCGCGCUGGCGCUCCCCCCAUGUGGCUCCCCGGAUCGCACUACGGCCUGGGACCCCACUCCCUGCACCAGGGCCUGCCCCCCGCCUACUCACCCACCCUACCUGGCUCCAUCCCGCCCCCGUACCAGUUCACCCGGGACCCCCAGUCGGGCCAGCUACUGGUCAUCCCUACCGAACACCUGCCUCACUACGCGGCCGAGUUUAUGGAGCGGGCCCCCCCACUGUGGUCUGCCAUGUACCCCCCGGCGGGCGGCGCCCUGCAGCACGCGCACCAGCUGCAGCUCCUGUCACAGCAGCAGCUGCUGCGGCAGCAGGAGCUCUACAUGAUGCAGCAGCAGGCGGCGCAGGUCAUGCAGAUGCAGCGCAGCGCACACUUCGCGGAGAGAUUAAAACCAAGUGAGCAGCAAGCUGACCUGGAAGACAAGCCAGCCAAGCGGAGCAGCGACGGGCCCAAGCAGGGCAUGGGCGCAGCCUCGACGGCGUCCCUGAGCUCCCGAAAGCCUCCAGCGCCCCCCUGCUCGCCGACGGCCUCCACCUCGUAUGCCAAGGCCCUGCUGCCAGUGCCCGUCCUCCCCUCACCCAUCUCCAGCCUCAAAUCGGAGAGCCGGCCCAAAACAGAGAAACUCCUCCACCAUCAAAUGUACUCGCACGGCCCCACACCAGUCCCACACCCCCCCAGACCCAGCUCUGCCUCAACCCCUCCUGCUCCCCCCAUACCCCCCAAAGAGGAGUCUGUGGAGGAGGCUGAUAAAAAGGAGCUGGACCUUCAGAAACAAGCCUCAGUCCCAUUCCAGGCCCUCUACUCCGAAAUCCGUCCCAGCUACCCGUACCAGCCCAUAACCCCCCCGUUUGGCAGCCAUUACCCGUAUGUGCUCCAGCCGGCUGCGGCCGCUGACGCCGAUGGCCUGGCCCCGGACGUGCCGCUGCAGGCCGGCGAUGACGUCAAGCCCGUGCGGCUCUGCUCUCCGCAGAUGGUGGAGCCCCAGCCAGCAUCCCGGUGUGAGCCGGAGGAGGAGGAGCACACGGCCCUCAAGCAGGAGCCGGGUGUGGAGGACAGCAAGCAAGGGCUGGCCCAAGGGGCACUGGUGUCACUCUGCGACAGGACGGACUCGCCGCCUGCUGAUCGGGACAUCUCGCCCAGCCUCGAGGGACUCCCCGUGGCUCCCAUGAUGCCAGACAGCGAGGAGGACCAGGGGAACGGGGGUGACAUGAAGGUGGAGGACAUGGCCAUCCUAAGUUGCAGGGCCCCAACCUGCCCUUCCCCCCUGGACACCCCCCAGAGAGAUGAUGAACUUUUAGGCCGCUAUACCAAGUCCCCGGCCUGCAGCCCCGCGCUGCACAUGCCAGCCCAGGUGGACUCUGUUCCCGAGGAGGCAAGUCUGGGAACCCUUGAUGCGAACGCACCCUUCUGCGACGGCCCACUCUUCCUGCACCACCAGCCAUCCUCCUCUUCUCCUCUCGACAUCACGGCCGAGGACCCAAUGGCAGGCAUGAUUGCGCUGGUGGCAGCUAGCGAGUUGCCCCAGGCGAUGCCCUCCCAGGCUGGCGCUGCCCUGCUGGAGCCUGGAGCCCUGCAGGGGAUGGCCCUCCUAAGUGACAUGGCUGCGCUGGAGCUGGAACGGCAGCGGGGAGAUGACCAGGGCAUGACGGCACCCUCUGCUCUAGAGAGCCUCCUGGCGGCCAGCAGGCAGGUGCUGCUGGAGGCAUUGGAGAUGCCCCCUCCAGUGAUACUCCGCCUCCCAAGAGAGCUUGACCCCAACAAGAAAUACAGCUGGAUGCAGAAAAAGGACGAGCCGUGCUGCACAUGGCGACGGGUUGGGAUUUUCUGGGGAGUGUUUGACUCCCCGUUGGUGGGUGUCUGCCGCAGGGAGAAGCAGGAUGAGAGGAGCAGGAGCCUGGCCAGGAGGGGCCCAGGAAGGCCCCGAAAGAGGAAACGCAGCCUGUCGUCACCCACUGGAAAGCCGGAUGGCAAGUGUGGAAACUUUGGCCGUAGCUCGCUUCUGUCUGAAGAUUCGGAGACAGGGGAGGUCCUGAGGAAACGCUUCCAGGGCACAGGUCGUGAGGAGGAUGAGGAGCUGGAAGGUGGAUUCUUGAAAGUGAAGAGGAAGAACAAGAGCUGGAAUGACCCGGAGAUGUUGUUGAGCUGUUCUCAGGAGAUGCAGAGUAAAAGCUCAAAGAAAAGGAGACUUAGCGAGCAGGAGCUGGCAGCCAAGCUGGACAAGGCCUUGUCACUGACCAAGCUCAGCAAAAUCAACAAGCACCCAUUUAAGUUUCUCGAGUGCCCCUCAGGGAAACCCCGCGUGAGCCCCAAUAGUUGUGGCAGGCUGUCCUCGCUCCAAGAAAUGGACAUGAAAGCGAAGGUGGGCAAGCAGGCUCUCUCAAAAGGCCUGGGCAUCUACGAGAAGCCUUCCAAGGGAGGUAAAAACAAAAUGGCUGCCAAAACAAAGCACAUGGGUGAAAGCCACAAGCUGAAAGGUCAGAGUAAAGCAUCCUUCUCUCCUGCUCGCUCCGAAGUUAGCAGCUACUCCAACAACACGGACUCGGAAGAAGAGGACAAGUCUAUAAAAGCCGGGUGGCUGUCUCGGCCCGUUUUGGGCCGGCCCAACUCAAGGGCCCGGGAGUCCAGCCUGAGCAGCUCUGGGUCCCGCAAGAGCCACACGUCAUCGAAGAGGGCCACGUCGUCGGGGACUGUGAAGCCAAAACGGGCGCUGGGCAAGACAAAACACAAGCACUUUGCUUUACUCCUGCGGGAGGCUGAGGCGUACUCCUCCGAGGACUCGUUCGACCAAGAUUACUUCUCGGACAAGGAGGACUAUGACGAGGACGAGGAUGAGGAUGAGGAGGAGGAUGAGUUUGGGCUGGAUGGGAGCGAUGGGCUGUGCUCGUCCUCGCUGGAGGAGAGUGGCCUGGGUUUGCUCGCACGCUUCGCUGCCAAUGCCAUCCCCAGCCCCGUCACGCCCACACCGCUCUCCAUUAUUCAGCUGGAGGCGAAGCAGAAGGCUAGGAAGAAGGAAGCAAGGCAGAGCCUUCUGGGUACGGAGUUUGAGUACACAGACUCGGACAGCGAUGUCAAGAUCCGUAAGAACUUCCCCUCGCUGCUUCACGGGAAGAGGGCACCCCCUGAGUUGCCCCUCCUGCCCCCUGCCAGCGCCCGCCGUGAGGAUGCCAGCCCCUUCAGGCUGAAGGCGAGUGGGGGGCGGGGCCGGCGGCCCAAGCGGCUGCGCUCGCCGCGGGAGUCCAGCUUGGAGCUGGGGCCCGACGCCAGCGACGAGGACCCCUGGGCGCGCCGGCGCAGUGAGCGUAUCUUCCUCCACGAUGCCGCCUCCCCCCCGGCCAAAAGCCCCCCACCUCUGCUCCCCAAAGCCAUGCGCUGUCCCAGGAAGGAGACCGCCAUGCCCCGCGAGCUCAAGGACGCAGGAAAGAAAAAAAAAGAUGCGGAGCGCCCCCUGAGCAUGUCCCCCCCGCCGCUGAGCAGCACCCCCGUGGAGCCCCUCCCUGCCACACCUGGCUCCCCCAUCUGCCUGGGCCGUAAGGGCAGGACCAAGUCUAAGCAGGGGGAGGCCAAGAAGGAGCAGCCUCGGGGAAAGGGCGGGGCCGUGAGCAAGCUGAUGGAGAGCAUGGCCGCCGACGAGGACUUUGAGCCCAGCCAGGACAGCAGCUUCUCAGAGGAUGAGAACCUUCCGCAGGGGGCGCCCUUGGACCGGCCUAACACCCCCGCCCCCCAGAACUGCGUGAUCGAUAAGGAUGACCUGAAGGACGGCCUGAGGGUGCUCAUCCCCAUGGACGACAAGCUGCUGUACGCCGGCCACGUCAGCACUGUGCACUCACCAGACAUAUACAGGGUGAUGGUGGAGGGCGAGCGAGGAAACCGACCCCACAUCUACUGCCUGGAGCAGCUGCUGCAGGAAGCGAUUAUGGACGUGAAGCCUCCGUCGGUGAGGUACCUCCCUGAGGGCACGCGCAUCGCCGCUUACUGGAGCCAGCAGUACCGCUGCCUCUACCCGGGCACCGUUGUCAGGGGAAACCCGGACGGGGACGAGGACGAGGACUUGAUAACUGUGGAGUUUGAUGACGGGGACACCGGGCGGAUCCCUCUGUCUCACAUCCGCCUCCUCCCCCCCGACUACAAGAUCCAGUGUGCGGAGCCAUCUCCCGCUCUUCUGGUACCCAACACGAAGAGGCGGGGCAGGAAGACCAGCAAAGACGUACCAGAGAGCAAAGAGGUUGAGUUGCAGGUCCCGGAGGAGGCUACUCCAAAAAGCCGGGGGAGGAAACCAAAGCCGAAGCCGGAGCCAGAGACCAUUCCGGAAGGGCAAGAUAAGGCAGCGAGUUCCUCUUCCUCAGAUACCCAGACAAAGCCCCAGGUCUCUGGAAGACCGGGACCUAGGCCGGGUCGAAAAUGCCAGGAGGCUGGGACAGCCAGGUCCUCUGUCCUGAUGCCUAAUGGACGACAGAAGAAAGCUGCAAGAGUGAAGGCUUCCACCAAAGCGUACUCCCAACUGCAGCCUGUCUACACGGCUCCUAUGUAUGGGAAGGUCCUGCCCGGCGAUAUAUUUGCAGACACUGCAGGUUCCCUCGGUUCCUUUGUACCAAAUAACGAAGGCGGCAGAACCGGGAAAGUCAGAUCGGUCAAGAGAGGGAAGAACAGUGAAGAUCCCCCCGAGGGUGGGCUUGGAACAAAGCCGCAGAGGAAAGCGCCUCAGGCUGAGAUUAUGAUCAAGCUGGACCACGAAGGCGUGACGUCUCCCAAAACCAAGAAGACCAAAGCCCUGAUGAUGAUGGAAGACCAGAGCCUGUCCAAAAAAGAGCACAAGACCAUGAUGGGCAUAGCUUACGGUGCCGUCCAUCCAGGGGAAACUCCUCAGAAAUCGCCCAAGGCUAAAGCUUCAGAUGUAGAUGUUCCCAAGAUGGGAAGCAUUUCAACCUAUAACAUUAGAGAGCUGGGAAGUGGGGGGGAUGGGCCGGUAAAGGGCAAGGAUGCCCAAGCGAAUGAGGAUGCAGAGUCUGAGAGCAGCAGCAGCAGCUCCAGCUCCAGCUCUGAGUCAGAGGGUGAUGAAGAAGAUAGAUCGCAGAAGAAGGAGACACAGGAGGACGCAACUUCCAGCAGCUCCCGUGCCUCCAGUCCCGCCUCCAACUCUUCCAGCUCUUCUACCAGCAGCUCCUCAUCAUCAUCCUCUGGCUCCACCUCCUGCUCAUCAUCCUCUUCUUCGUCGUCGUCAUCGUCCUCCUCCUCCUCAUCCACGACCGACGAGGACUCUUCCUGCAGCUCCGACGAGGAGGCCCUAACCUCUCCCCAGACGUCUUCCAUGGCACAGCAGGCCUCACCCCAAACAGGAGACCAGCAGUCCACAAAACCUCAGGCUGCUUCAUCUCCCCCUACCUCUAAAGGUCCAAAGCAGCAGGCACCACAGAAGCAGCAAGGCAGUGGAAGGCCCAAGAGGCGCGAGGGCAUCCAUCUCCCAACUACCAAGGAGCUGGCCAAGAGGCAGCGUCUGCCCUCUGUGGAGAACAGGCCCAAAAUCUCUGCCUUUCUUCCAGCUAGACAGCUGUGGAAGUGGUUCGGUAAACCAACACAGAGGCGUGGAAUGAAAGGAAAGGCAAAGAAGCUUUUUUACAAAGCUAUCAUGCGCGGGAAGGAGAUGAUCCGCAUCGGAGACUGCGCGGUGUUUCUGUCUGCCGGAAGACCCAACCUGCCAUAUAUUGGGCGCAUCCAGAGCAUGUGGGAGUCCUGGGGGAACAAUAUGGUGGUCCGAGUGAAGUGGUUCUACCAUCCCGAGGAAACUAACCCUGGGAAGAAGCUUCACGAGGGAAAGAACUGGGAUCAGAAGUCCUCAAGGGGGCUCCCCGCAGCUCUGCAAGCCUCUAACCAGAGGAAGGACUUCAUGGAGCGUGCUCUCUAUCAGUCAUCGCACAUCGAUGAAAAUGAUGUCCAGACGGUCUCUCACAAGUGUCUGGUAGUCAGCCUGGAGCAGUAUGAGCAGAUGAUCAAGACUAAGAAGUACCAGGACAGUGAAGAUCUUUACUACCUUGCUGGUACUUAUGAACCCACCACAGGGAUGAUCUUCAACACAGAUGGGGUGCCCAUCAUUUGCUGAGCUACCCAUAAGCCCUCUUAUCACCUGUGACUCCUGAGAGCAGAGGUGUGGUUGUAUCUGGAGGGAAUGAAACCCAUUUCAUGAAAUAUAUUAUUUGAAGUUGUCAAAAUGUGUAUGAAUGAUUGUCCGGGAGACAUAGCAGAAUGGAGUUUGCUUCUGGAACUGAGAAGUAUGCCCGAGUGUUAAGACUCGGGGACAAAGGACUUUGUGUCGACUUGCCGAUUGAGUCAGAGGUUCCCUGAUUAUUUGCUCUCAGGGCAUUGCAACACAUCACACUGCGACUUGAAAUGUUUUUGAGGAAGUGAGAAUGAGGUCAAUGGCAGCUCACUGCACGUAUGUAAAGAAAUAGUGCUCCUGGUGUUGUGGUGAUAUCCACAUAGAAAGUGGCUACCCGAGGGGAGGCUGAUGAGUACCUGUCACGAUUUCACACCUAGUUUCGUUUUUUGGCUGCUACUGGCUUUCAUUGGUGGUACCCAUCCUCCGGGCUUGAGAGCUCAAAGGACACAAUGACUUGCAGCCUGGCACUUGUAACGGCUUUGGGGCAGUGAAGGCCAAUAUCCUGGUAGAACCACCCCCCGCAGCUGAGGUCCAUUUGUCCCAACAACCACCAGCAAACCUUGUCAGCAUGCAUCUGCAAGGCCAAGGGCCCCAUCUGUACCCAACCACCAUGGACCACUACCACCGGAUGACAGGACCGGAUCUGCUGCUCAGUAAAAUAAGGUGGCAAUCAGGGUAAAAGCCAGGGAAACAAACUAAUCAGGAUUCUUCUGGAGGAGAAACUAUGGUUACACUAUGGACUGAAGUCUACAUAUCAUCUUAUACAGAAAUGUAAAUUUGUAUUUUCUUUCACAGACAGCAGUGUAACAUGAACGGCCUUCCGAAGACACUAAUCUGUUUUGUGAAAGGGGAGCAAUGUUGACCCAAGCACUUAGGGAGGCAUAGGAGAGCGAUAUUCCUCAGCCCCCUCUCCCCCCCACCCCCCCACAAACCUGCCAUGCCUGUUUUCAAAUUUUGGAAUUCUCUCAAAGAUCUGCUUGAGUUUCAUGGGUGGUUACCUUACCAAAACAUAAGCACUGAUCCUCCGAUUCCUUCCAGCCAACCUGGGGCAGGUGGAUGCAGCCGGACUCCCCCGUGUCUUAACUAACUGAGAUGACAAAUGCACCCUUUCUAAACUCAAGUUAAACUGGGCUGGAGAGGAGCCCAGUAUUUUGUGUGUAUACAUAUAUAUAUGUAUUAUAUAUUUACGUACAGAUUCUUUUUUUAAAGAAAAGCUUUAUAAAACUGUGAAUAUAAUUUUAAAGGUAUGGAAGCCUAAGGUAGAGGGUAUUGUUUAAUCUAGUUGCUGGAUCCAGAUUUGGCUGCACAUUGCGGUAAAAAACUUGUGUUACAGAACACAAUACAGGGUUCUGCUUCAGGAGUCCUUAACAGUAUUUACUAGCUACUGUGGGUAAUGAGUACCAUUGUACCAUAGUGAGCACUUAGGUGUAGUUCUUGGCCUUCUGUAGAUUUUUUUUUUCUUCUUAAUGGACAUUUCUGAGUGUAGGUGGCUUUGUGUUAAUGACCAGUCUGUCACUCUUCCCAUUGGAUCCAGAUCCGCUGAGGGAUUUGCACAAUGCUGUUCUCCCAUAUUAUAUAUAUAUUUUUUGUUGGUUUUUUU